GGUCCAUAAAAGAAGUCUCUGCGUCGUUUGGUACUUCGCUACGGUUUUUGAAACUGCACCAAUACAAUUCGCCGAGGAAUAACGGGAGGCAAAUACGGUUCUCCCUUCCCCUCCUUUCCCUCCCUCCCUCCCUCUCUCUCUCCUUCACUCUUUCAAAAUUACCGUAAAUAUGUGUAAACUCGGUCAUUAUACACGUUUCCUUGGCGGCCUUUUCUUUCUAACGUAUUCGUCGCGUGUAAACUUUAUGCGCACCUCACAUACUUUGCAAACGCAGAAUAAAACGUAGCUUCUGGUGAUUCGGGUUUUUUCUGAGGGCGGGUGAGGUGGCAGCGAGCAGCGGCACUAAACCAUUUUGUUCUUGUUAUCGGUUGUAACUUCGUUUUCUCUUUCGAUCAUACACACACACACACACACACACACACACACACACACGCGCGCGCGCGCAGACACCCAACGCAUCCGUUGCAGCCAUCAGGAAAGCCUAAUCUGGAGUGAUUCAGGCGUGUCGAGUGUGAUCCCUUCGGGUCAGUUGGAAUGAAUCUACCUUUCUCCCUGCCAAUGCAUCUACUCUCUCUCCCCCCUUUCUCCCUUUUUACAUAUUUUUACACAUUUCGUGAAGCCUAGCGCUUUCGUUUUGGUCACUUGACAAAGUUUUUUCUUGUUCAUACUCCCACCCAGUCCAGUUAUUGUUUUUUGUUAAUCGUUUAUCGGGUCUCAUCGUUCUCUGAGUUUUUUCUUUCUUAAAUCUUUCGGGGGUUUUGAAAUUUUUCCCCGUUAUUUUCUUUCUCAUUGUUGUCCUAAGUCGGAGCGAAGGUUACCUGCCUAAUUAAGGGUGCCUAGUUAACUGCUCCUGGACGUUUGUAUUCUUUUCACCACGAUCCUGGGCAAAUGGCCACGGGAUCAUUAACACAAGAGAUGGAGGUCCGGCCGAGUAUUGGUUUAACAAAAUGUUGAGCGGGGGUUUUGACUGUGUUUUUCCCUUGCUGUCCGUUGUUCUGCGGAUUACUUGGCCGUGACUCUCCCUAGUUUUUUCUAAACCUUAGUUUGUAUCUAACCCAGCGCUGCGAGCGGAACUAGUCGGGUAGUUCCCCCGCGGUAGCUGGUCUCGCCACUGACUAUGAAUAAUGCAAGUAAUGACCGAUAUGUUAGGAUUUGUUCUACUUUCUGGGGCCCCUGCUUCGCAUGCUCCCUCAGAGUACUCUCCACCCUCUCUCUCUCUUAGUUAGGUGACAAUCACGGGCAUUGAAGCGAUGAAAAACGCAGCGUUGUUUUGAGCAUUUUUUAUUUCCCUUUCCCUUUCAAGGAGAGUAUUCCGCUGCAUUUAUUCGUGUUUUUGUCGUUUAUAUAAUUAUAUCAAUUAGGUCUUUAUUUGGGCUUCUUUCUUGUUGUCGCUGUUCUCCACCAAGCUGCACACCUGCAGGCAUAUUACUAUUACUAUUAUUGUUGCUGCUAUCCCGAUCUGUAUUAUUUCUUCUUCUUGGUUCGAGCGCUUCAUCCCUCUCUUUUAUUUCAACGCGGCGUACAAGAGCUGCGAAGCGAGAUGGUUGCUGCACGAGGACGCAAAUGGGCAAUGAGGCUCGCCUACGCCACCGGUGCCGUCGGGGGUGCGUUCUACGUCUUUGACAGCUUAACCGACAACUCGGGUACCCGCUCCCUGCGCACCCUCGCCGCCUUUGCGAAGAUUGCCUACUGGUACAAGUUCACCACGCCCGACACACCAGAGGAGCUCUCCGCACUGCACAGUCGCGUCGCGCACAUCGUGCUCGACACCUGUCUAAAAAACGAAGGCUUGUACAUCAAGCUGGGCAAGGACUUAACUCGAUGAGUCACGUGCUGCCGAAGGAGUACACAGAUACCCUGAAGGUGUUGCUGGACCGUGCACCACCCGUGCCGGUGGAGAAGGUUCGCCAGACCAUUAUGGAAGAUACCGGUAAAAAGCUAGAAGACGUCUUUCUGCACUUCGACGACAUCCCCGUCGCCUCCGCGUCUAUCGCGCAGGUGCACCAAGCGUGGUUGCCCCCGCCCGUCGAUGGCUCGUCGAGCGAACCCGUGAAGGUGGCGGUGAAGGUGCGCAAGCCCUGCAUCUCGACGCAGUCUAUGUGGGAUCUGUACACCUACAGCACCAUCAUGAAGCUGCUGAAGCUGCUCUUUGACCUCCCGACGGACUGGUCGUGCCAGACGGUGUGCGACGCGCUGGAGCGGGAGAUGGACUUUACGAUGGAGGCGGCCAAUGCGAGGCGCUUCCGGCGCGACUUUGCGGGCAGCGAGCGGGUCUACAUCCCGCGUAUCUUCGACGAGUUCACCACGAAGCAGCUGUUGGUGAUGGAGUGGAUUGACGGCACGAAACUGUUAGAUGUCGCGACGGUGCGCGCCCAUUACGACGAGAAGAAGGUGCUCACCACUCUCUUUGACGCAGUAGGCGAUAUGGUGUUUAAAAAAGGAUUUGUGCACAGCGAUCCGCACGCGGCGAACGUGCUGGUGCGGCCGAUGCCGAUGAAAAAUCACGGGGCAGCCGCCCCCGUGCCUCUGCCCUCUGCAGACCAGAAGCGAAAGCACAAUCCAAACGACUAUCAAGUGGUGUUGAUUGAUUUUGGUCUUGCGGUGCCGGAGCGGGUGCGCUUCCGCUACCAGUACGCGCUACUCUUCGUCAGCCUCUUUACCCGCGACUUCGACUCUCUUCAGCGGGUCGUACACGACUGGGGUAUUGCGGACGCGGAGAUGUUCGCCUCGGUGCAGGCACAGAAGUCCUUUGCAGCGAUCAAAGCAGGGCAGUACGGCGAAGUGACGCGGGAGGAGGUGUUCGAGAUGCAGCGCAACGCGCACGCCCGCGCGAAGGAGAUGCUGCGUGACAUGCGGCGCAUACCGAAGGAGCUGAUCAUGGUGGGCCGCAGCCUUGAUAUCCUGCGCGGCAUCAACCGCCUCUACGGCUCACCAGUCAACCGCAUUAACAUGUUCGUCAAGAGCGCGGUGGAGUGUCUGGGACCCCUGCACAAUUACGACGCAGUGGAGCGCUACCUAUCCAGAAUGCAGCUGGCGAUGGAAGAGCGCGGUGUGCCGCUCAGUGUGCGCAUGGACUCCUGUCAGGACUAUGGCAGCGUGUACAACGCUUCUGCAGAGGCCGUGCGGGCGGAGCAAGAGGCGGCUCUUGCGCAAAUCGAAGCCGAAGACAAGACGGUCGCCGGCCGGGUUAAUCGCUUCUCCUCCCGGACACGGGUGUGGGUGGCGGAGUUGUACCGUGCCUUCCUCCUGAACACUUUUCUCACCCUCAGCAGCGUGCUUCAUCUUCUCACCUACACCUGCAACUCCUUUCUCGCGCUGAUGCUGCCAGCGGCGGCGGAGAAACGGUUCCACAUUGCAAACAUGGAGGAGCGCCUCGCGCAUCGAAUGGGCAGAGAUGACGUGGCGGACUUCGAGUUAGAAGCCGCCGCGUCGGUUUCAUAA